AGAACUCCGAAUAAUUAAAUAAAAUUAUUGGAUGGCAAAACUUAGGUGUCAACAUGUAUAAAAGUUGUAAUUCAAAAAUUGGCAAAGUAAUCUUGUAAUCUCCAAUAUUAGUUGUUGCUCAAAUCUUUACAAUAAAGAGCUACAUAUCCUGAAUCUUAAAGAGUGCAAAAUUAUCUCAUUUCGAAUAGUAAGUUUGGUCUUUUUCUUGUUGUUUUGGAGCAAUAAUUAGUAAGAAGGGUGCUUUUAAGCUACUUAGUUCGUGGGCAUUUUAGAGCAAAUAUGGGUAAAGUUGACGGAUGAGAAGGGAGGCACCGAAAAUAGUAUGGAGUGAGAGAGUAUUAAGGUUCGAAACAGAGGACAAGGAAGCGUAUUUGGAGUAUGAGAUGCGACAUGGAGGAAGAGUGAUGGACAUUCUCCACACAUAUGUCCCUCCUUCCAAGCGUGGAUUAGGGCUCGCUUCUCAUCUCUGUAUUGCUGCCUUUUCACACGCUCAAUCCCAUUCCCUUUAUGUCAUUCCUAGCUGCUCUUACGUCUCUGAUACAUUCCUUCCACGGAACCCAUCUUGGAAUUCCAUUUUGCACAAAGAAGACCUGAAAUCUCACAUUUGAAGCAGCAUGUGGUUCUUUAUGAACUAUUACCUCUUGCUUUGCCUUAUGGAGUGUCCUAGUAUGUGCGAAAUGGUUGAUGUUAGGAGCAAGAAGUCCAGCCAAGCAAACUCUGGAUUCUGUUCUAUUCUGUUUCCUUUUCGUAUAUGUAAAGUGGAGAGUGUAUUGCUAUCUGUAAUAGGACAAGUUUCCUAGAAAUUGGAUCUAUUUCCGUUUUCGAUGAAGCAAUGGCAAAGAUUUUACUGUCU